AUGAAGUACUCACUCAUUCCAUUCGUUCCUAUUUUCGCGGGUUUAUCCCAAGCAGCUUCUAGUGAUGAUUGGGCUUCAAGAUCAAUCUAUCAAAUCAUCACAGAUAGAUAUCAUCGUUCAUCUACUUCAGAUGCCCCUUGUAAUAUCACGAAUUAUUGUGGAGGUACAUGGAAUGGUAUCACGGAGAAUUUGGAUUAUAUUCAGGAUAUGGGAUUUACAGCUAUUCAAAUUAGUCCAGUCAAUUUGAAUAUUAACAGUACCACGAUUUACGGACAAGCUUUUCAUGGAUAUUGGCAAACUUCCCUCUACGAUCUCAAUCCAAAUUUCGGAUCAGCAGAUGAUUUAAAGAAAUUGAGUGCAGAACUCCACAAGAGAGAUAUGUAUCUCCUAGUCGAUGUUGUUGCUAGUGAGAUGGCAGUUGACAUUGGAAAUCAUAACAUGACAGCAGAUACGAAAAUUGAUUACUCUGUCUUUGCUCCAGCUCCAUUCAACGAUGAGGCAUCUUAUAAUCCAUAUUGUCCAAUUAUCGACUGGCAAAACAAGACAGAAUAUCAAAACUGCUGGCUAGGUUACACCGGUGUUGCAACUCCUGAUAUUAAAACUCAAAAUGCAACUGUCGCUGCCGCACUUGGAUCCUGGAUUAAAGAACUCGUCGCGAAUUACUCUAUUGAUGGAAUUCGUGUUGAUGGCGCUAAACAAAUUACUUACGAUUUCUUCCAACCAUUUGUUGAAGCUUCUGGUAUAUUUCCUUUGGGUGAAGUAGAGGAUGGUGAUCCAGCCUUCACUUGCAAUUAUCAACAAUAUACUGAGGGAUUGGAAAAUUAUCCAAUCUAUUACACCAUCAUUCAAGCUUUCACUGCAGGAAACAUGGCAGGAUUGGUGUCUAUGAUUGACAGUAUGAGAACUGCUUGCACGUCUACACAAUAUCUUGCAAACUUCAUUGAGAAUCAAGAUCAACCACGUUUUGCAUCAUACAAUGAUGAUGAGACUCUCGCAGCAAAUGCUAUGGCCUUUAGUAUUCUCGCUGAUGGUAUUCCAAAAUACUACUACGGACAAGAACAACAUCUCACUGGUAACUACUCCCCAUACAAUCGUCAAGCUCUUUGGGAAAACAACCCCAGCACAACAUCCAACCUUUACACUUUAACAACCACCCUCAACACCAUUCGAAACCAUGCCAUCUCAGUAAACUCCGACUACAUCAGCAACAACUCCGUUCUCUUAUACACCGACGGCUCUACCUACGCAGCUAGAAAAGGAGCCAACGGCGCUCACAUCGUCUCCGUCCUCAGCAACCAAGGCUCAAACGGAGGAGCCUACACCUUAAACAUUGACAAAGCCGCCGACCCCGGAACCAAUUUAACCGAAAUCGUCACCUGUACCAGCUACCUUACAAGUAGCAAAGGAACUGUCGCUUUGAAGAUGGAUAAGGGAGCACCUAGAGUUCUCUUCCCCACGGCUAAAAUGGAUGGUACGGGUAUUUGUGGAUUUGCAAAGGAUAAGAGUGCGGGAACGGGAACGGGAUCGGCGUCCGGUUCGUCGAGUGCCACGGGUUCCGCGACGGGUUCGGCGGCUAGUGCGACGAGUUCGAAGAAGGGUGCUGCGGUGGGAUUGAGAGUUGGUGUUAGUGGGUGGGUUCUUGGGGGUUUGGGUUUGAUGGGUUGGGUUUUGUUGUAG